GCAAACCCCUCGCACCACCAUCCGGGUGACGUCACGGUUCCCACACAACAGAGAGAUACGCACUGAGUUUUAAGACGAGGUGGUCGUUCAGUGCGGUAAAAAGAAAAGCAAUAAGGAUCACGCCGAAUAUUAUUUUUUUGAAGAGGAGUUGAUAAGGGAUAUCAUUUCUCAUAAGGUGUCUCUGUUGUCUAGCAGAUGAAUUUUGAGCAGCCUCCUCCGUACCAGGGCCCAGGCCCCACGGCCCCCGGUUACCCCCAGCAGGGAUACCCCCAGCAGGGAUACCCCCAGCAGGGAUACCCCCAGCAGGGAUACCCCCAGCAGGGAUACCCUCCCCAGGGUUACCCCGUCAACAUGGAGCAACCUGGAGGAUUCCCUCCUCAAAACCCAGGCUACCCUGCUGGCCCCGGGGGACCUCCUGGACCAUACCAGGAGGGGUACCCAGGACAGCCCCAGUUUGGAUGGCAGGGAGGACCACCCCCAGGACCCAUGUAUGGAGAGGCGCCCAAAAACACAGUGUACGUGGUGGAGGAGAGGAGGAGAGAUGAUUCCGGAGACACUUGUCUGACUGCCUGUUGGACGGCUCUCUGCUGCUGCUGCUUGUGGGACAUGCUCACAUAACCUCUGACCCCUGACAUUUCCCUUACCUGCUCUGACCCUUACCCUUUACCCCCUAACCCUUAACGCAAAGUCCCUCUCAUCUAUAAUAUAAGACAAGUACUGGAAACAAUAGAACACUGAAAAAUCUGGGAAACCAGGCCUGAUAUUCAUAGCUGACUUUGAAAAGGCCUUUGAUAAAGUACAACUGGAAUUUAUAUAUAAAUGCCUGGACUAUUUUAAUUUUUGAGAAUAUCUUAUACAAUGGCUUAAAGUUAUGUAUAGUAACCCCAGGUGUAAAAUAGUAAAGAAAGUUUUAAAUUGUCAAGAGGAGUAAAACAAGGUU